ACAGAGUUUGGGGCGCGUCGGCGGGGGCAGGGGCCUGGCUCGGGCGCCCCGGCCGGGCGGGUGAGCGGCUGUUGACACGUCCUGAAUUAUUAAGCGCGGGGUGGGCUCCGAGCACAUGCUGCGCGGCGUGGCAGAGCCGCGCUCGCUCCCUCGCUCCCUCGCUCGCUCGCAGGGACACACGCAGGGGCUGACAGCUGUGCUGGUGCUGAUAAGGGAAGCCACAAGGAGACGAUCGAGGAGAGAGACAGCGGCGGCGGCGGCAGCGGCGGCGGCGGCGGCGGCAGCGGGCGGGCGGGCGGCAGGAGAGGCUGCGAGUGGGAGUGACGGACGCCCCCGCCCCGGCGGCCCCCCACCCCGGGCCCCGUCCUCCUCCCGCUUGCCCCGAGUUUAGAAGAGCGAGCGGCUGUGCGCUGCCACCACCGCCACUGCUCCGGAGGGCACCGGCGUGGUGGGGCGGGGGGCGGGGGCUGCUGGCCAGGGAGGGGACAGGGCAGGGAGGCUCCGGCCGGUCCCAGCAGCCAGGGCCAGAUGCCGAUCGAGAUUGUGUGCAAAAUCAAAUUUGCAGAGGAGGAUGCGAAACCCAAGGAGAAGGAGGCAGGGGAUGAGCAGAGCCUCCUGGGGGCCGCGCCGGGGGCAGCAGCGCCCCGGGACCUGGCCACCUUCGCCAGCAGCAGCACCCUGCACGGGCUGGCCCGGGCCUGUGGCCCAGGCCCCCGCGGACUGCGCCGGACCCUGUGGGCACUCGCCCUCCUCACCUCGCUGGCUGCUUUUCUGUACCAGGCGGCCGGCCUGGCCCGGGGCUACCUGACCCGGCCUCACCUGGUGGCCGUGGACCCCGCCGUCCCGGCCCCCGUGGCCGGCUUCCCGGCGGUCACCCUCUGCAACAUCAACCGCUUCCGCCACUCGGCGCUCAGCGACGCUGACAUCUUCCACCUGGCCAAUCUCACUGGGCUGCCCCCCAAGGACCGGGACGGGCACCGGGCCGCCGGCCUGCGCUACCCGGAGCCCGACAUGGUGGACAUCCUCAACCGCACCGGCCACCAGCUCGCUGACAUGCUCAAGAGCUGCAACUUCAGUGGCCACCGCUGCUCCGCCAGCAACUUCUCCGUGGUCUACACUCGCUAUGGGAAGUGUUACACCUUCAACGCGGACCCACAGAGCUCGCUGCCCAGCCGCGCGGGGGGCAUGGGCAGUGGCCUGGAGAUCAUGCUGGACAUCCAGCAGGAGGAGUACCUGCCCAUCUGGAGAGAGACAAACGAGACGUCGUUUGAGGCCGGUAUCCGCGUGCAGAUCCACAGCCAGGAGGAGCCCCCUUACAUCCACCAGCUGGGCUUCGGCGUGUCCCCGGGCUUCCAGACCUUCGUGUCCUGCCAGGAGCAGCGGCUGACCUACCUGCCCCGGCCCUGGGGCAACUGCCGGGCAGAGAGCGGGCAGCGGGAGCCCGAGCUCCAGGGCUACUCGGCCUACAGCGUGUCUGCCUGCCGGCUGCGCUGUGAGAAGGAGGCCGUGCUGCAGCGCUGCCACUGCCGGAUGGUGCACAUGCCAGGCAACGAGACCAUCUGCCCGCCCAACAUCUACAUUGAGUGUGCGGACCACGCGCUGGACUCCUUGGGCGGAGGCUCCGGGGGCCCGUGUUUCUGCCCCACCCCUUGUAACCUGACCCGCUAUGGGAAAGAAAUCUCCAUGGUCAAGAUCCCCAACAGGGGCUCUGCGCGCUACCUGGCAAGGAAGUACAACCGCAACGAGACCUACAUAAGGGAGAACUUCCUGGUCCUGGACAUCUUUUUUGAAGCUUUGACUUCGGAGGCCAUGGAGCAGCGGGCAGCCUACGGCCUCUCGGCCCUGCUGGGAGACCUCGGCGGGCAGAUGGGCCUGUUCAUCGGGGCCAGUUUCCUCACCCUGCUGGAGAUCCUGGACUAUAUCUACGAGGUGUCCUGGGAUCGACUCAAGCGGGCCUGGAGGCGCCCCAAGACCCCCCUGCGGACGUCCACUGGGGGCAUCUCCACCCUGGGGCUGCAGGAGCUGAAGGAUCAGAGUCCCUGUCCCAGCCGGGGCCGAGCGGAAGGCGGGGGCGCCAGCGGCCUGCUCCCCAACCACCACCACCCGCAUGGGGCCCCCGGGGGCCUCUUCGAGGACUUCGCCUGCUAGGACGGUGCUACACCCGAGAGGCCCUCCCGGGACCCCCAAGUCUCCCCCUGCUCCAGCUCUCGGGACCCCCUGCAUGGGGGUCCCUGCCCACAUUCUUGCACCCACGCUGGAGUGUGAGCCCCAGUAGGGUCGGGGGGUGUGGAGAGGGGGAGGGCACGGCCCACCCAGCCAGGUGAGGCCUCUGUACAUCUGUAAAUAUUGGGGAGCACGGGGUGGGGGUGGGGUGCAGACAUAGAAGGUGGGUGGGACUAUGGUGGUGCGGGGCGGGGGGUUCAGGCAGAGCCAGGACCCCACCGGGAGCAGGAGAGGGCUGACCCCAGGGUCGCUGGGCGGGUUCUCCCCCCUGCCCCUCUCCAGGCCCAGUUCCCCUUUGGGCAGGGGGAGUGGGGGGCCCAGCAGGCCUGGCCCAGCUCCCAAAGCCCCUGGUAGCCACCGCCUGGCCCCGAGACCCAUUCCGGGGAGCAGGCCUGCGAGGGUGGGCCAGACCUCGGAUGAACCUGGGGGUGGGGGAGGCGGGCCUCGGGCGUUACACAGCCGCUGCCAGAGUCGGGAAUAAAGAGGCAUAAAGAAUUCUCUGUGUGAGUGCGGCCGAGCAAGUGCCGGGGCCAGAGGCCUGGCGUGAACC